AUGUCCGCCUGCCAUCGAGUCUUAGGCAUCGUCGAGCUUGUCGAGUUCAUUAUAUUCGACCUACCAAUCAAAGACAUUUUGACAGUACAACGAGUUUCCACCACGUUCCGCGACUCUAUCAAAGCAGCGCCGAGAUUGCAGCACGCCCUCUUCAAUCGCACGACUGCCAUGUCACCCGACUACCAUCGUUGCAAGGCCCUUGACGACAUCAACCCUAUCUUUCUCUCAAGAUCACGCACCAAGAGCAGCAGACCCACAGUCAAUCUCCCGCUCAAGCUCCAUAUCUACCACGACUUCUACUACUUCCCAGGCGAGAUCGACCGAACCGCUUGCGCAUCCUUUCAAAAUGUCCAAUCGACCUAUCUCCAAGAUGUCCAAUACCAACAAGGCUUCUUGGUUAGACAUGUACUUACAACGAGUACAGCACCAGGUCAAAGUAGUGCUACAUUGCGACACGACAAGCGAGGACAUGAGAAGGAGGUUGUCCAUUGGAGCAGACGUGACUACCGAGGCUCUCACAGUGAGGGAGCUGUUGGCGCUGGCUGUGAGUAUGCGGCGUGCGGCGUAUCGAUUCGAGAUGGAGAUGACUGGGGGCCGGGAGAGCUGGAAUUGGAUUGUGUCUGGAUCAGGAGGAAGAAAGUUCGAGUGGAAAGCGGAUUUUGGUGCGAGCAGAGGGAGAAGAUGGUCAAGACUCCGGAGUUCGUGUGGCAUCGAGCAUCAUAG